AUACGCUUGCUUGUUUCUUGAUGCUGUGUUGCUUCUGGUAUCUUCCUAUAGCAGGGAAUGAAAAAAUAAAGAUGAUCUGCUGAUGGGUGAAACCCGUUGCUUCUUAAGGAUGCAAUCCUAUACAGGGCCAUUGGAAGUAGGUCCCCGUUGAACUCUGUCAAAGAUGCACUGGACACCAGAGCAUGCUCAGCCCCUGAAUCAGUGGCCGGAGCAGCACCUUGAUGUCUCCUCCACUACCUCCUCGCCUGCCCACAAAUCUGACCUCUACCACAACAGCCGGCAGCGCUUCAACUAUGCCUGGGCCAAUGAUGACAUUUCUGCCCUGACUGCUUCCAACCUGCUGAAGAGGUAUGCUGAGAAGUACUCUGGAGUAUUGGACUCCCCUUAUGACAGGCCAUCAGCGCUCAACACCUAUGGGGAUGGUGUUUUUGGGCCCCUCAACGGUCAGAAGGGAGAGAUGGAGCCUUGGUCGAUGGCACACAGCUCAGAAGGGGCCUACCCGCUGACUCCGAUCCAUGACGGAUUGCCUGGCUCCAAGGGGAUUGUCCCUCCUGCGGUCACCCCAGGGAACAGCCUUGGCACCUCCCCCGUGAUCUCCAGUAAUAUCUCUGACUCCAUUUACCCCAGUAACACUUGUGGGGGACCUGCUGCUUCUGGCAGUCUUGGGACAUCUCAGGAAUACCCUUCAGGCUACAGUGGGGCCUAUUUGCCAUCAGGCUACUGCAGCCAGCCUGCUUCAGCGCUUCCACCUCCACACCCAUCUACCUUGCAUAGCUCAGGCCUCCUACAGCCUAGCCAUCCUUCCACCGCCCUUGUCCCUGGCUAUAGCUCCACAGGACCAAUGUACAACUAUGCCUCGGGCAGCUACCCACCCCAGCCCGGUUAUGCCACCAUCCACCCGCCCCACCCAUCCGCCUCGUAUUUGCCCUCAGGCAUUGCGGCCCCCACUCCCAUUCCUCCUUCCUCUCGUCCCCCUGUGGUCCCUGGGUAUACCUACCAAAGCCCCCUCACGGUGCCGUCCCUCAGUAAUGAGUCGGGGAGUUCCCUGAAACGAAAGGCCUUCGACAUCACGGGUGGUGGUGAGGAUGAGAGCGAAGGCCGAUAUCGCAAAUACAGCUAUGAGCAACCAAAGUCUCCGUAUCAGCUAUCCGACAGCGGUGAAUGUAGAGGGAAUGGAUUCAACCGAAGCUCGGAGGUGCCUUUCAAAGGUGGGAAAAGGCCAGCAGGAGCAGGUGUCACGGCAGCGGCAGCGGUGGCAUCCGAGGAGCCCCUUGGGAAAUACGCCAGCCAGCCCAUGAAAGGACUGGUUUCUCCAGCUUACAAUGUUGGUGAAGCCCCUCUGAGGCCGAGUGAAAACUUUGAGAAGUUCACCCCUCCGGCUGCCAAUGGUGAGCAUGAGGGGGAGUCCUUUGCUCUGAGGAUGCCGCCCAAAGCUCCAGCAUUUGGUAGUGACAGCAGCAACCAGGCGGUAGAAGAGCAGCUAAAAACCAUGGACCCUUUUAUUUUGGAACUGGUGAACAACAAGAUCAUUGACUGUAGUCCUCCAGUGCAGUGGACAGACAUUGCAGGGCAGGUUUCUGUCAAAGCUGCCAUUGAAGAAGAGCUGGUAUGGCCUAUCCUAAGGCCAGGUGCUUACACCGGGGCAAGCCGACCACCCAAAACCAUCCUUCUGUUUGGACCCCGUGGUGUAGGGAAGACGCUGUUGAGCCGGUGCAUUUCUACUCAGCUGGGAUCCACCCUGCUGAAGCUCAGUGGCACAACCUUGGUCUCCAAGUGGAAGGCUGAAGCUGAGAAGAUCUUACAGGCAAUGUUUUUUGUGUCCAACUGCCGGCAGCCAGCUGUUAUCCUCCUCACUGAUGUGGAAUCUUUUCUAGAGGACACUGCCAUCCUGAAGUCCCAGCUCCUCUCCUACCUGGAUAACCUUGCUACCUCAGGCGAGCAGAAUGUGGUUGUCAUAGCAACCACAACCAGGCCUGGCAACCUGGACGAAGCCACACAGAGAAGAUUUGCCAGGCGCUUCUACGUCUCUCCACCAGAUAGUGUUGCCAGGCGGCAGAUCCUGCACCAUGCUUUAGCCCAGCAAAACUACUGUCUCAGCGAGAGAGAGAUGGCCUCCAUUGUACAACUCACAAAGAGCUACUCCGGCAGCGAGCUCAUUCAGCUUUGUCAGCAGGCUGGGGCCAAUAAGCUGCACAGUCUCCCAGGACAGCUUCAACCCACCUCAUACAAAGAUUUUGAAAGCGUUUUCUGCAAGAUUCAUCCCACCGUCUCUCAGAAGGAGCUGGACUUGUAUGCUGAGUGGGAUAAAAUGUAUGGGUCCCGACAUUAGUGGAGAGUGGCUGGCUUCUUCUUCUUCUUCUGCAUCAUCUUGGGUCUCCUGGAGGGGAAGCUGUUGGGGCUGUUGAAUUCUUCUUUCUAAAAGCUUAGUUGCUCCAGGCACUUCUGUCUCUGAGAGGCUGCAAACCUGCGUGGCUAUGAAAACUGAGGGAUGGUGAGAGAGCCCUUCUAGUCUCUUAGAAAAGUCACCCCUCUUUGGAUGCAAGAAUUCCCCUAGAUUGAUUUGCAUACAUUUUUGUUUUCAAAACCUGUUUGAAACUUUGACUGUGUGGUGGUGGUUGCGUCUCUGUGUUAAUGAAAAGUAGUCACUCAACGAACUCAGGAUAAUCUAUUUAUUAUGAAGCUGUUUUCCUAGUCCUCCCUUUUCCAUGCCAGCAUUGUAAAGUAGUCAGCCAGGUCUCGUUCCCUUCCCAGCACCCUUUUCCAUACUAUGUACCUCCUGGAUAUUUCUCUUUGGUUCUGAACUCACAUAGGUGUCACUCUGUCAAGGGGCUGGCUCUCCUGUUUGGGCAGGUAGGGCUCUACCCACCUAGCUAUCAAUGCUCUUCUCAUCCAGCAGGGGGCAGCAUUAGGUGUACUUAGACUGUGGAAAGGAUGAAGCUGGAUAGCAAGCUAGAUGUCAUUGGCUCAGCAUUUGGUGACUCCACUUUCUGUCUCAUCAGCUCCAGGGGCCGUCGGCUACCACUGGUACUGUGGAUCAUUCAGUGCAUUAUAUCAUGACACUGGCUCCUUUUCAUGGGCAUCGGUUCCUCUUGAUGGCCUUUAAAGUCAUCAAGAGUAAACUUGUUAAAGCAGGUGGC